AUGGUCGAAGACACUUUCAAAGCGAAUGUUUCGUCCAUCAAAAUUUCAAUGCAUGACAACUUUUCCUUUGAAGUAACAGUGCUGUGCAUCUGUCGUGGGGUCGUUUCCUUUCUUGGCAUUAUAGGAAGUUCUCUGACUAUCCGCACCUUCGUGGCCAUGGGACUAAAAGACGGAGUGACCUUGUCCUUCCUGUUUCUCUCUGUCUCAGAUCUCUUAUACCUCAUCUCCAUCACCGCCGCCUCCGUCUCUUACAUAUUUCUAAGCAUCGAGCUGCUAUCCCAUUUCGCCGUUUACUUCCCCGUGGACCCGUACGGUGUUAACAAAUAUUUUAUCAAUACAGCAAGCGGUUUUUUCGCGAACACCGUCUUGACAAUUACAUUUUUAUCAAUAGCCCGUUGUCUAAGCGUAGCCAGGCCGAUGUGGUUUAGAAGAGAAUUAGGAACCAGAAAAACGGCCGUUGUUUUUAUAACAACUUCAGCAUUAUUCUGUGUCACAACCAGCAUCCCCGUACUGUCGUGGAUGGGGAUAAUCCCACUACACGACGCCAGGCUAAACGUGACCAGACCGACAUUUUGGAUUUCCCCCAACAGGAAAUGGGCCACGUACGUCAUUUGGCCAGUUCGAGACACCGCACUUCCUUUUGCCGUGCAACUUGUGCUAAUCGUGUGUGCUCUGACGAUGAGAAAAUUCCUCAAGUCGGCCUUGAAGUUUCGCCAAAAACACACCACAUCCCGAGUGGUUCCAGCUCUAAGGAUCCUCCCCAAGCACCACAGUGUAGACCACACAGGAAAAAUUCUCGUCCAGACUGGUGUAACUCUCAGCGGAAAAGAGCUCCAGAUUAUCCAACAGAUGUUUGUCCUUUCUGUACUCUUCAUCGUUGCCAGCGUACCCAAGGUUUAUUUCAACACAGCCAAACUCAUCUUCCCGGAGUUUUCUUUAGAUGGGAAGUAUGGCAGAUUGUACGAGUGCAUGGACGUGACCAAAGACGCGUUUCAGAUGUUGUAUUCUUGUGGGAAUACUUUUAUUUAUUAUAGAUACAACUCCAAGUUCAGAGCUUUAUUUUGGCGACAAUAA